CCCCAGCGCCCUCUGCCCUGCCCGCCGGCCCCGGCACCUCCGGGAUGAGCAGCGCCAACGGCACGUCGCCGCCCCGCCAGCAACCUGACCCCGGGGUGGCCUCCUCCGAAGCGGACAUCGCAAUCAUCGCAGGUGUGAUCACUGCUGUGGCCUUCGUCCUGGUCUGCCUCCUCGUCGUCAUGAUGCACUACAUGUACCGGCACAAGGGCACGUACCACACCAACGAGGCCAAGGGCACGGAGUUUGCGGAGAGUGCUGACGCAGCCCUGCAGGACGACCCGUACCUCCAGGAAGCCGGCGACAGCAGCAGAAAGGAGUACUUUAUUUGAGGGGCACCAGUUCUAGCUCCCCCAAUACCUCCUCCAAUUCCACAAAAGGAAAUGCACCCCACUGCCCCACCCCACCACCUACACUACCAAGCAGACAGCAAGAGCACCCACCUCGUGCCUAGAUAUGUACCUCACCUGCACACACAAGGUAGCAGCCUUGGCAGGCAGGAGGAACGGAGGAGGAAUCAGCCAGGAUGGGCCUCUCCCAGGGACCCAGGGUGCAGCACCCAUGCAGAAGCCCAACCUCUGCUCUGACGGAGGAAGUCUGGGUCAGUACUUGGCACAAAAAGUACUUUGUCGCAGGCACGGGGGGACACCCUUGCUGCAGGGUGUAGCAGGGGCCCGGGAAGCAAGUGCAGGAGUCAUCCACAGGCUGACUGGGGUUCAGGGCAUCAAAUGUCAGUCCUUGACAUUUGGGGGGAACAGCAGGUGCCAGAGCUAAAAGGCACCCCUGUCUUCCAUUGAUCCAGCUCUAAACGAUUGGAAAUAAAUUUGAAAUGUAAGCGAGCAUUCAGAGUCAAAUGGCAUUACUACCGUUGUCU